UAAUACUUGUGGAAUUUUUUAGUCAGUUCAGUGUGACUGCAGGAGUAGUGGAUAUCACGUCUUCUAGAGUUUAAAGUUUAUCAAAAAUUCGGAAAUUUCAAGAUGAUGAUUAUUUGGAUCUUAGCACUCUGCGCAUCUGUAUCUGCUAAAUCACAACCUUUCAAGGUGAAUGUAAAGUUGGAGAGCCUUCCCUAUGACGAUGCUAAAGACAAUGAUUACUUUAAAUUCGACCUGUUUGAUAUAGAAAUCCUGAAGGAUUUGGAUAAGGACAUAGGAGUGACGCUCGACUAUACCAUAUUUGAAAAUGGCGGCGGAAAAGUGGCGAGUGAAAGUCGCGUGAGACUAUGUCCGGACUACGAUGCUUAUGAGCAAGACGUCAAAGCCAUUGAAUUAUUCAAAGGCGCUUUGGACAUCCUGCAUGAGGAAUGUACAAUAACAAAGAGAACCGUUAGGCUAAAGCCAACAUUCGACACUGAUUUGGUAAUUGAAAAUCUUACGGGAUCACCGUGCGACAAAAUCUUCACCGCCAAUGUGGAAGUAUUCCCUCCAGGAUCAGCGAAGAAAAUCGUGAAGAUAAAAUAUCUCAUCACUCCUCAAUGCUGAGAGAUACGAGAGUCAAAGAGGGUUCAAACAAUUUGCAAAUUAAAAUUCCAUGAAUAUUAAAUGAGUCAUCAAAAUGUAUUACACUUCCGAAUAGUUUCUAGUUUUUCUUCAACUUGACAUUAGAACCUGUUUUGUACGGGCGUAUUGAUAUGGUAUCAACAAAUGUCGUGAAGUUAAUUGUUUGACGUACACUGUUUUGCGUACGAUCGUCAUGCGAUGAAAAGCCUUCAAGUGAACUAUCUAUUUUUUCCAAGUGGUUUUCUAUUGAUAUACGGGGAGAAAACAUAAGAAAAAAUUACGUGACAAAAUGUAAAAGUGAGGCGAAAUUCUCACUUGAAAAUUUUGUCCGGAAAAAUAAAUUUUCCCUCUUGAAUUCUCGAAAUUUUAUGGCUCGAAACGGAAUUUUUACGUUGUUGCCAUAACUUUUUUUCUCUGUGUAGAAGUUGUAUCGCGUAUUCUUAAAAUGUAAUAAAUCAUUUAAUAGGUGUUCAGGCUA